GUUGAUUUUUCCUUUGGGAGGAGGAUGGACAAGGUCUCGCAUCAAGCCAUCAACGAGUAUAUAAAUUGAAGCUAAGAUGUGCAAUCAUUAUUACCCGGAAAUCAUCCUGGGAAGAGACGACAUCUCUAAAAUGGCGAAACUUAGCGUGUUUUCUCAGUUUUUCCUGGUAUUAUGUUGUUUUGUGGUCAUCAACGCUAUGCCCAAUCCGCAGGGCCCAAAGGGAGCUUUGGUAGCCACAGCUGAAAGUGGACAUUUUUCUUAUGAUGAUCCUAACAAAUGGAAGGAACACAAUUCGCUGUGCGCCGGCGAACAUCAGUCGCCCAUCAACAUCGACACCAGGAAAAGCAAAACGGCCAAAUUCCCUCCGUUCCAAUUCCACAACUACGCAAAAGGUUUACCAGAGAAUUUGGAGAACAACGGACACACUGUCCAGUUGACCAUUGACAACUUAAUUAAGGAUUUGCCUACCAUUUCCGGAGGAGGUCUCGAAGGUCCCUACGAGUUUGCUCAGAUGCAUUUUCACUGGGGAGAAGCUGAAUUUGGUAGCGAACAUAAAAUCAACAGGAAACAAUACGCUGGAGAGGUUCACAUUGUCCACUGGAAUAAAAAAUACGGGAAUUUCGUGAAUGCCACCAAACACAACGACGGUUUAGCUGUCCUGGGAAUCCUGAUUGAUCUGCAAGAUAGAGACAAUAUUGCCUUCCGCCAUAUCGAACAUUUUGACAGCAUUAAGACUGCCAGCAAGAAAAACGAGAAACUGCCCUACUCCGUCCCACUGAAGGAUCUUCUUCCCAGCAACACUGCAAGCUUCUUCCGCUACGAAGGAUCCCUGACCGACGCCAGAUGCAACGAAGAUGUCAUCUGGACCGUUUUUGAAACACCAGUUCACAUCUCCCAUAAACAGUUGGAGAUGUUCAGGCAGUUGAGCGAUGACCACGGCAAGCCGCUGAGUAAAAAUGUCCGCCCCACUCAACACGAACACGACCGAAUUGUUACCUACUCUGGGCCAGAACAAAAAACUUCCGAGCUGCCUCUUGUGUUCCCUAUUUACAAUCCUGCUGCAUUUGCCUACUAUCCAUUCUUCCCACAGAAUGUUCCCUUCAUGAUGGUGUAUUAGUCUAACUCUAAGUUGAGGGUUUAGAGGUUAGCUGAAAGGCAUUCUCAAAUAUUUGGUUUUACAAUAACAUAAUUUUUUAAUCAUUUUCAAUAUUGCGGGCAAUUACAUUGAAUAACAUUUAAUGAUGUUAAAUACAACGAAAAUUCACCAAUCAAAA